AUGGACUGGUGGAAGGCGGCCUCCAUCGCCUUGUUCGGUGCCCUGGCCAUGGCGGACUAUGUCUCGGACGUCGUCGUGAUGCUACAGUAUGCAUGCGUGAUCGACAACAAGCUCACCCCCGACUGUCCGACCAUACCGGGAACCAAUCAGACCAACGAGACCAUCGCGGCUCUGGACGCCCAAGGCCAGAUUUCCGAGUGCAGCCCGCACUGGGCCUGGUUCGGAAUCUCAUGCACGCUGCUCGUUAUCUCCACGCUGGUGCCUGCAAUGUGGUGGACUCUGGGGCAGAUGCAGCGACAUGAAAAUGACAACCUCUGUUGUGGUGGGUGCCCACACUUUUGCUGCCUCGGCGUGGCUCAGCUCAGCCACGCGUGGGAGCUCAUCGCACUCUGCCUGGGUCAUGAGCGAACUGAAGAUGAUGAGAACGGCAGUGUUUUCAGAAACAUCUUCACCUCCAUAACCGAGUCGGCACCCCAGCUCUACUUUCAGGCUUACGUCAUCUUUCAGUUAGGUGCGUAUGGCCAAGGCUUCAAGAUAGCAUCCAUCUGUAUUUCCAUCGCUUCCCUCUCCGCCUCUACGGUGAUGAGUGCUAGUUCUGAUACGACUGACGGUGUACGGAACCCCCGCCUGAGAUCCUGGAAGGGCAAGGCCAUUGGCAUGUGUUUUAUCGCCACCGACGCGGCGGUCCGCAGCUUGGGCUACGCCAUGGCCCUCUCGGAGCCUGUAAGGCCCUACGGAGCGCCCACGGCUGGCACCUUCUUCCUCCUCUGCACCAUCUACCAAGUGUGCAUCUGUCGCAGACAGCGCUGCUCUAGUGACUCUGCAUUUGCCGUCGUCACUCUACCAUACGUGAUCCCAGUUGUGCCGCUGGUGCUGAAGAAGGAACAAUACCGAAAAACUGGUCUGGAGGUGUUGCUAGCACUGCGCUUCCUGGAGACCGUCACCUUCGGCAUCCUGGCAGGCAUCUUUGGUGAGACGGCUUGCGGAAGCGGCCUUGCCCGCGAGCUCGCGGUGUACUACAGCGUUCUGGUGGCCAACGCCGUGGCUUUGAUCGCAUUCAACUGCUGCGUAGCUGAGGAUGGCACGCUCAGCACGCCCCGGGCAUCCGCUUAUAGUCCCAGACGCAUCCUGGGCCGAGCGAUGGACAGUGAGUGA